CCUCGCAUCGUCCUUCCUCCUCCUCAUCUCUCCCCCUCACCUUAACUCGAAACCAAAACAGAUGGUGGAGAACCAGCAGCACAUCUAUCAGAGCGCUGAACCUCAAUAGAAAGCAUCGAGCCGGAGUCGAGCAUGGUCACGUCAACCUCCGAGAGCAGCUAGAGAGAUCUGGCGUGUUUUCUUGUUUCGCCUUUCACAACGGCUGCCGAGGGAGGAUCUGGGCUCUCCAACGAGAGGAGAAGAUGGCCGCCAUUAAGAUUUUAACCAGCGCGGGACUUUUCUUGGCGUUUUGUGCACUACUCUUGUUGGUCAUAGCCAUCUGCACCGACUACUGGUACGAGACGGAUGCUCGGCGGCACCGCGAGCGCUGUAAGAACUACGCAAACAAGCGUAACGAUCCAGGAUACAUUUACAUCUCAAAUCACAACUUGCCUCUCCAGAUGCCUCCUCCAAAGGGCUACGAGAGGAAAGACAUGGGGCCGGUUGGGGAACCGUCGCCUCGCGUCAAGCGGCACGCUAUGGCUUCCGCGACGGCCAUGGAGUCUCACUGCAGCCGCCAGUUUAACUCCACGAUCUCCGGUCUGUGGAGAAAGUGUCUCCGCGAGGGCUUUGACCUGGAGACCGAGGAUCUCAUUUACAAAGGGUUGUUUCAGAGAUGCACUCCAGUAAAGUACCAUUACACCUCUUCAAUCCUGCCACGAAAUCUUCCUGUCAACAUCACCAAGACCAUCCGGCAAGAUGAGUGGCAUGCCCUCCAUCUGCGCAGGAUGACAGCAGGGUUUGUGGGCAUGGCUGUCUCUAUCAUCCUUUUUGGCUGGAUCGUUGGAUUUCUUGGAUGCUGCCAAGAACAUGAUCUCAUGCAAUAUGUAGCUGGACUACUCUUCCUCAUGGGCGGAACCUGCUGUAUUAUCUCCCUUUGUACGUGUGUGGCGGGCAUCAACUUCGAGCUUUCCCGUUACCCCCGUUACCUGUACGGCCUUCCAGAGGACAUCAGUCAUGGGUAUGGCUGGUCCAUGUUCUGUGCCUGGGGUGGACUGGGUCUCACCCUGCUGGCUGGUUUCUUAUGCACGCUGGCCCCUUCCUUAAGCAGCCCCUUAUCCUGCACCACUGUCCACAAGUCCAGGCACGAAAAUGGAACUGUGUGAUCAAAGACUUCAGGAGCAACCUUGCAGCAACAUCUACUCAACAUGUAUACAGCAUCUAUAUAAAGACAUCUGGCCAAUUCAUCAUCAUACAGUAUUAUGACUGGAUCGUAACUCUUGCUCUUUUCAUAUGACUCAAGUGGUUUUCUGGCCCUUAUUACAAGUGAUCAGUCCAUCACUUUCAACACAACUUGUGUACACCAUUUAGUUAAUGGUAUGAACGUUUACAGACACUGCUGUCCUGUGCUGCCCAGCAUGACCAUAGCAAAUGGAGACAAAGGAGUCACACGCGCAGUCCACGUGUACUGAAUAUCUUCCACCCUCUCACAUGUCCCACUCUGGCCCCUUAUGGCACUAAACCUAAUGAGAAUUUUCACUGGUCUCUCUCUCUCUCUCUCUCUCUCUCUCUCUCUCUCUCUCUCUCUCUCUCUCUCUGCUUCAUGACAAAGAGGCAAGCUAAAAGCAACUGUCUUCUUUUCAAGAAGAUUCCUACUAAAAUGGUGCUCUCUUUUCACAAUCUCACAACUGCACAGAAUAAUUUCAGAAGGCAUCAGGAGGGCAAAAAAUUCCAUGACAAAAACAGUUUUUCUUACUGCUGACUGAUGGUAUAAAAUCUUCAUUGGUGGACUGCAAUGAAUGAAUGAAGUGGGAAGCAAUGAAAAAGAGAGAUACAAGUAUUUAUGUCACUAAAGCUUUGAGAAGCAAAUUUCCCAAGGCCUAAAUGAGUCUGUAGGAGUAAAAAAAAUAUGUUGUUUUGUUUAGAUUUCAGGUCUACAUUCGAAUGAAAUUAUGCGUGGUUACAAAUGAAGCCUUUUCACUCUUUGUUAUGAUUGUAACGAUUAGUGACCUGGCUUGGUCUGUGGUACAGUAGCUGUUCAAAGGAAUUUGACCAAGUUUAUUACUCAAUGGCAUGUGAAUUAUUGACCUAAUUCAUUUCAAAAUGUUUGUGGAAGUUAUUUCUGAACAUCAUCUGUCCUGAAACCUUAUUGCUUUUGUAGCACCACAUGAUGAAAUCAUGAGUUAUGACAGUUCAGGAGCUUAGCACCUUGAUACCACAGCUGAAUGUUGUUGAGUUCACCUUUUUCCUGAACACAGAAGCGUUCCACAAUUCAUAACAGAAGCCUGUUUUUGUUUUCCGGUCUUCAGUGUUUUCACUCGUAUUGGCAAAUGUUUUUAGUGGACAAUGUGAUGUUUAGCAUAUUAAAUAUGUAAAAAUUGCAAAAUAAUAAACGUGGAUCUAUAGUGCCAAUACUUUACAGAGUCACGAUGACUGUCUUUUGACAGUGCCUCACCCGCCACAUCAUUGAAGGGUUUUGGUAGUUCACCCAAAAAUUUAAAUUCUCUCAUAAUUUACUCACCCUCAUGCCAUCCCAGAUGUGUUUGACUUUCUUUCUUCUGCAGAACACAAACAAAGAUUUUUAGAAGAAUAUAUCAGAUCUGUAGGUCCAUUAGGAAUGUGAAAGUGGAGAUUUAUAGUAAAAAAAAAUAAAUAAAUAAAUAAAUAAAAAAAAGGACUUAAAUAUGGAUCUUUUUCUCACCCACACUUAUCAUAUUGCUUUUGAAAAUAUAAAUUUAACCACUGGAGUCUUAUGGAUCACUUUUAUGUUGCCUUUGUGUGCUUUUUUGAGCUCCAAAGUUCAGCUCACCAUCCACUUGCAUUGUAUGGACCUACAGAGCUGAAAUAUUCUUCAAAAAUAUCUUUGCUUGUGUUCUGCUGAAGAAAGAAAGUCAUACACAUCUGGGAUGGCAUUUUCAUUUUUGGGUGAACUACCCCUUUAACUACUUCGAACUGUUAUGACCACAAACAACUUCACAAGUUGUGCCUGAACUUAUUUUUACUCCAACUGAGUAAAAAUUAUCUUUUUGAUUGUUUGUUUUGGUAGUUUUUCCAUUUCUUCUUAUGGAGACCGGAAACAGAAAACAGUACAGUGGCAAUCAGAAUCAUCAUGGCAGCGCCCAGUAGUUGGUCAGGAAAACUGUGGAUAUUCAAGAUAAACUGAAAGCUCUGGCUGCACAUAUUAGUAAAGGAUACUAUGGGAAUUAAGUGUUAUGUUUAGUUACAAAGAGUGAAAUGAGAGGUCAGUUUUAAAUAAUGCCUAGAGUACUGUAGGUGUAGGUGAUGGUCCCAAUUGCUCCUAGCCACCUUGUUGGAUUGUGUUUCUUAUGGGUUCAAAUAUGACAAAAAAUAUGGCACGCAACAAGCUAUAAUGUUUACAUCAUGUAUUUUUGUACUUAGAUGAACAAGUCAUGAAACAACCAAGCAAUAUUUUAAACAACCCUAACAGGCCUGGAGGCUUUAAUCUAGCAAAAUCUAGUAAGGUCUUUUGUAAAGGUGAGUGUGUCUCUUUACAUUGUUAUUUAUAAUUCAUAUUGAUUCUACUCUCACCAAUGGAUAUUUAUUGAGGAUGUGACUCUGAAAAGCACAGUUACCGUAAAUCAUUUAACAAUGCCUCACACGUCCUUACCAAAUGAACAUUUAUAAUCUCAUUUAUAGAUAUACAUUUAUCAAAUAUACAUUUACAGACCUCCACAGAAGCCAGACCAACUUUUGGGCACAAUGUGCUGAUGUUCACGGUUGGGAAAGAGUAAAUGCAGUAUAGUUAUGAUGAGACAUUUAGGACAACAAAUACUAUGGUAGUAUUCUAAGUGCAUAUUUGGAGGAACGUACAUGAGGUGUGCAUUUGCUGUCACCCGAGGGUGAACUGAGUGCUACAGUGCAUUAAGGAAUAACAGAAUAACUGUCUGACUAUUUAGCUGACUGGCACAUACAUUGUGUCUAUAUGUUGUGCGUGAGCAAUGUGACCACGUGGAAUCAUUUCAGUCAUAGAAAAAGAUGGGGAAGUGUUGUAUGGAGUUUGAUCUCAAAUUAAUUAUUGACAGAAUACCAAGCAGCACAAAAGUAAUAACCAACACUUACCAAAUAUUUAUCUUAAGAAUCUAACAAUGCAAAUGUUUUGGAAAGAAUCCAAAAGAGAGCACAAGACCAAUGUGUUAAACAAAAAAAAAAAAAUAAAUAAAAAAAAGAAAGUAAAAGAAAAAAAAAAAACAUUUUAAACAAAUAUAAGCCACUUCAGGUGUUUCGUCAUUUUUGGAGGGGAUUCGAAAGACAUUUGUAUAAAAGCUGCCAUUUUCUAUGGCAGCUGAAGUAGCAGCACUUUUUAUUUGUUUAUUUAUUUAUGUGUUGGGUAUGAACUGUUUUACUGGAUCGUUUCAUAAUUGGAGUUGGAAAAAAGCAGGUGUCAUUGGCUUGCAUGCUGUCAUAUUGAUUCAUUUCAGUGUAUUUAAAUUUGUGUCUAUUUUUUACAAUGACUUUUAUUUUAAGAAAAUAAAAGGUUAGUAGCAUUUCA